CUUGUUGUUGGGCUUGGGGUUGUGGCGCUAUGUUGCGGCCGGGGCCGGAUCGCGUCGAGGCGGCGCUGCGGGAGCGGCGGCUGCAGGGCGAGCGGUGGCGGCAGGGCCGUAUCUUCGACGCCCGCACCAGGAUCAUCGGGGUUGAUAAAGAUGCUCUGGACACCCAGGUCAAAGAUAGGAAGAUUCAAGAGGAAACUGAAAAAGCACAAAAUGAAAAAAUUGCUGGUGAGAUGAAGCAAAAUGACAAGAUCACCUGUAUAUUAGACGAACGGCAGAGGAACGACAUCAGAAACCUAAAUAAAGCUCUUGCUGAGUUUCAACACAAUUUUCAGAAGCCAGAAACUCGGCGUGAAUUUGACUUGUCUGAUCCACAAGGCCUAAAAAAGGACACUCCUGCUCGCCUUUCUGACAGUGACCCUCGAUGUACUGUGUCUGGCUUGCAGAUGUUUGUAGGAGAAGAUUUAAACCAAGCUCAGCGGUCAGAUUUUCAAAAGGAGCAGUCAAGAGAAUGGUUUCUGCAGCAACAGAGAGAUUGGGAAAAUGCCUUAGCAGAUAAAAAGCUUGCAGAGGAUCUCUAUGACAAGAACAGGGUUGAACUUGAUCAAAAGGCCAUCGAACUGCAGAGAAUAAAUGAAGAAACCAGACGAGCUGUUUGUGCAGCUACAAAGGAUUUUAACCGAAUCCAGGCUGCAGAUUUAGCAGAAAGAAAAAAGAUAGAAAAGCGUCAGGAAGAAAGUGAUAAUAUGGCUGAAAUUUCCAACCUCCUUCGAGGAGACUUGCUUUCUGAAAAUCCAGAACAAGCAACCAGUUCCUUUGGGUCACAUCGUGUGUUUACAGAUCGAUGGAAAGGAAUGAACCAGGAUCAGUUGAUGGCAAUACGUUACACUCAACAGCAGCAAGUUCUGGAGAAACUGAGACUACAGGAGGAAGAACUCCAAAGAAAUGCUGAGUGGGACAGGCAGUGUGUACAAGCUGCCAGAGCACAACUUCUUUUUGAGCGGCAACAGCAGCGACUGAAUCGAGAACAUCGCAGAGCUCUGGAUAACGCCAAUGCACAGCUGUACCAGGAGCAAAAAUCAAGGAGAAUUUAUCUUCAGGAAGAAGUAUAUUCAAAUUGUCCAACAGGACAGUAUUUCACACAGUUUAAUACAACAAGCCGAUGACAUUUGAGAGAGAUGCACACUCCCUGAAAUACUGGUAUAUCUAAGCUUUAUAGAAAUAAUAAAUUUUCCUUAACUUACCAUGCUAUUGCUUUUUUAUUGUAUUAUUUUCAAACUUUCCAAUGAAAAUGUUUGUGAUUUAAAAUGAAUCCGUUUUUCUGAUAAUAGCUUAUUUGAAAUCAAAGGCCCCAUGAUUGGCAUUUUUAUAUGUAAUGAAUGAGAAGUACAGAGAUUACUGUAGUUAUUAUUUUUUAUAAUCAUUUUGUAGGAGAAAAAAAUAAGUACAAAUAACUCUGACCUGGUGAUUUAAGUGCUAAUCUGGAGUAGAUUUUAGGUCAAAUUUAUUCCUAGUAUGUGCCCAUUCAGAUCAAUCAAUUUUGUUGUGCAACUCCCUCCCAGUGAAGAAUAUGACCCCCUAGUAGAUUGAUUAGAUAUUAUUUAGAGGAUUUUUAAAUUGAAUUUGAGCUCCUUUAACUGCUCAUUUUUUCUUCAGUAUAAUAUGUAUGUUUCCUAAUCUAUUACUUUUAAAGGUUACAGAAAUACAGAAGGAGUGCAGCAUGACUGUCAACUUAAAGUAUAAAUGAAAAUCAGAUUUUGGUGUGCUUCAAGACAGUGGUGCUCUACCUCCAGCCUGUGCGCUAGAUCCAGCCUGUGGAGCCAUGGCAUUGCGUUCCCUAUAGAUCUGGAAAUUUAGCAGCAGGGGAGUAGUGGCAAUUAACACCACUACUGCUCCCCCACUACCAAAUUGCCAAGCCCUGCAAGCCAUGUGAUAUGGCCCUUUGCACAGGAUAGGGCCAUUGGCACGAUCUGGUACAGGGCCCCAUCAUGUUCCAUCCCCAUAUGUUGGAUCAGGCCUGUGAACUGACCCCACACCCUUUGUCCAGGGGGCACCACUGCUUUAAGAGACCAUUCUCUGCUUUAAAAUAUAGGAGAAUGAAUAGGAUGAAUAUUUGAUUUUGAUUUAAACAAAGAAAAUGGAAUGUUCCUACAGAUUUCUGCAUUUUAUGUAGAGAUAAAUAUUUGAAACAUAUGUAUAUGUGAAAGUGAGAAUAUAAAGCAUUGUCAUAGCAUUUUGAACUGCUUUCAGUUGUUCAAAAGUGAAAGUUUGGGGAAAAAUACAAUUAAAAUUACUUGAUACGCUGUGGUAGCUAUUCUCCACACCAGUUCAACAAUGUGUUUGACCCUAGAUUAGAACUGCUUGAUUUCAGAGCAGUUGGGGAUUGCGCACCACACAGGUUGCAGGCACUGGGCUACACACUGCACCAGCAGCAUGUCUUUGGGGCUGCAUUGGCUUCUUGGGACCGCCGCCACCUUCCUCUUUCCCCCAAUGGGAGCAGCGUGAUUCCUCCACCACUACUACUACUUGAGCACUCCUGCUGUCAGCACCACACAAGCAGUGAGAACCUCCUCCAUCCUUCCCCCCUGUCCCAGUUGUGCAAGCCCCCUCACUGCCACCACCAGAUGGGCAAUUCCUCUUCCCAUCCUUUCCCCUCUCCUUUACUGCCAGGCAAGCAGGCCAAGCCACCUUCUUCCGCCACCCAUUGUUCAAGCCCCCCCGUCACCACCACUGUGUGAGUCAUUCACAGCAGCUGGAGCAAUGAGGGCAGCAGCAGCCAGGCACAAGAUCAAGGGCUGCCCAAGUACUCUGGUCAAAAGUGGCCCAUGGGUUGCUAGUUGGACAGCCCUGUCCUCAAUGAUGAUCUCUGAGGUCCUGCCUACACUGGAAGGGGAACUGGGUGUGUCUACAUUAGACUCUAAAUUCACAGUAAACUAAUUUUACUGCUCAUUAGCAUCACAAAAAAUGUGAGCUGGUGCUACUGUGCAAUAGCUCCUACUACAGUGCAUUAAGUUAGUACCCAUUAUUACAGGUGCUAAACUUAAUGUGCCAUAAUUACAGCACAUUAAGGAAUGUUAUGACAUGCCCAUUGUUAGCCAGAGCUAUUUUUAAAUACAGCUUUCUCAGAAACACUAAUAAAGUGUCACAGUGGAUAAUAUAGCCAAGGUGUAACAAUGUUAUAAAUUAAUUUAGAACCGAAUUUGAUCCAGAAAAAAGAUCUUAUUCAAAAUUGUUUGGGAACUAUGGGCACAUCUACAUGAACACUUGACUGCACAGUUGUUACUGCGCAGUCAUUUAGUAUUUGCAGUCCCAGUGCCUCAUGGGUUGUUUCCAACCUUAGUGUGUAGUACUGGUGGCAUCAAGGUUUGGGCCUGUUGAUGCUGUCAGGGCAGAGCUUAGUGGUUGAGUGCCUCUGCACAGUGGAACUUUCUAGCACAAGGCACAGUGAGAUUUUGUAUGAGGGAAUCUCUCGGCACGGUGGAGAACACUAUUGGCCGGUUCUAAAUUAUUCCUACGUGGCGACUAGCAAUUGGCUUGCUAGCCGUAUAAAAGGUUGGAGCAGUUUCUGCCCAAGUUGGAGAACUCCGCGCCCAUCUCGGAGUUAACGUGGCGGACUGAUCAACCACUGACGACUCCCCAUUGCCGACCGACCCUGACUUACCCCCCGUGUCCUGCAUGCUUGUAUCAAAGAUAUCUCGUCGAAUCAGAGCUCCUCGGUUAAACUGUAACUGAAGUUUGAAGUUAACUUUCUUCCUACGCUGUACAUCUCGACAGUGUAAGUAAAGCCAUCUUUGUUUGAA